UGUUCCACUCAUGCCUACUAUUAUUCCUAUGCCUUCAAAGUGCUUCUCAAUCUUCAACAUCAAAGGUGGCUCGCCGGAGCACCACCGUGCAAGGAGGCGCAGCUCACCGGCCACCGGCUGUGGCCUUGAUAGAGUGGCUUCUUGGGUUGGGAACGGUGUGGCAGCUGCCUUUUUUGCUUCUUUGGAAAGAUGUUCUUGUGUGACUAUUUCAACUAAUGAUGAUUUUGAUGAGGCUAAGGAUUUUCCUUUGAUAUAUGAUGACGGAAAUGCUCGGUCACUUGCCGGAGUUGAAGGUGGCUUGAGGAGGAGGAGGAGAGGGAAGGGCAAGAUGAAUGGUGACUAUUUUUGAGGGUUUUUACAUUAAGGAUAAGUUUAGAUUUUAUUUUUCAUUAUUUUCUUUUGUUUUAUGUAUGAAUUUGCAUGAGUUGUGUGAGUGUGUGUGUGUGUGUGUGUGUAUGUUUUUGGUUAUAAGUUAUGUGAUUACUUUAUAUGAUGUUGAGAAGAAAAAAGGAUUAAGUGCUUAAUUUUUUAUUUAAUUAAAGUUUUCGGUAUAUUGUUGGUGAUUGCUAA